UUCAACUACCCAUGGCAACACGUCACUUCUUCUUUAUGGAGAAAAUACCCAAACCCAAAUUCCUCGCACGUUAAAAGCGUAGACGUUCUUAGUCGGACCAUUGAUAGAAAAACUGGCGACGUUAUCACGGAUAGACUGAUAGGUGUAGAACAAUCAGCACCCUUAUGGGCGAUAAAGUUAUUUAAUUGCAGUUCAACCGCAUUCGUACUCGAAAGAUUAACAGUUUCACCGCAAUUACAGCGGACGACAGCACGAUCAGUUAACUUAUCAUUAAGUGAUUACCUCACUUGUCAUGAAACUAUCACGUACACUCCUCACCCGGCGAACCCAACACUAUCGACGCUCUUCUCACAAACAGCCAAUAUUACCUCAGCGGGUGCGCUGGGAUGGCGUAUGGCAGAGAAAAAGUUAGAAGAGCAUAGUGUACGACGAUUCAGCGAGAAUGCAGGACGAGGGCGUGAAGGUGAGUGUAGAAAGAGAACUAAAGGGAUUGACUAA